AUGUCUCCGUCAGCCACAUCGAAGGACGAGCUUAGGAUCUUCACCCCCAUCGGCCAGCUCGGCCAGGGUUUCAACGAAGACAUAUUCUGGGACACUGUCGAGUCUGGCUGCGACGCAAUCAUCUGUGACGGAGGUUCGACUGACAGCGGACCUGGGCGUCUGGCACUGGGUAUACCAAACGUCCCAUACUCCCGCCUUGCGAAAGACUUGGAACUUUUCGCCAAAGCGGCUCAUUUGCACAAUGUCCCUUCACUUAUCGGAUCAAUUGGUGGUGACGGUGAGAAUGCGCAUGUCGACAAGGCUGCCGACAUCAUCACUGAAGCGGUGAAGAGGAAUGGGUACCGAACAUUGAAAGUCCUCAAGAUUUACUCUGAAAUUCCGAAGGAUCUCUUACGACAGAAGCUCACUGACGGUCUUAUCAGUCCCUGCGGAGGUGGUGUGCCCGAGCUUAAAGAAGACGACAUCGACAGCAGUACGAAAAUCGUGGCUCAAAUGGGUCUAGAACCGUAUUUGAAGGCAAUGCGAGAGAAUCCAGACUUCGACAUUAUCGUUGGCGGUCGAGCUUAUGAUCCGGCACCGUAUGCGGCUUUCUGUCUCUUCCGUGGCUUCGAAGACCUUGGAACUGCCUAUUCCAUGGGUAAGAUCAUGGAAUGCGGAGCUCAGUGCUCCAUUCCAAAGUCUCGGGAGGCCCUUGCUAUCAUUCGUCAAGAUUCAUUCGACGUAAUUCCCCUCGAACCAAAAUCUAAGUUCACGACGCUCUCGGUGGCUUCUCACUUUCUGUACGAGAAAACAAGGCCUGACGUACUUCGCGGACCAGGGGGAGCUCUGCAUCUCGAUCAAACAACGUAUGAACAGCUCGACGAACGGUCGGUUCGAGUUUCCAAUGCCAAAUUCGUGCCUGAACCAGACGGCGAGUAUACUGUGAAGUUGGAAGGCGCAAGAGCAAAUGGCUACCACACGAUCUUCCUGGGAGCGAUCCGCGAUCCCAUCCUGAUUCAGCAAUUCGAUUCCUGGAUUGGCUCUAUCGAAACUCAUGUCAAAGAAAGAAUCAAUGCCUUCGGAUACGAAUAUGAUCUGAAGAUCCAUAAGUAUGGCGUCAACGGUGUCAUGGGACCUUUAGAGCCCGAGACCAGCGUUGGCAAGGAGAUAUUCAUUGCUGGACAGGCACGAGCCGCCACACAAGACCAGGCCGACCAGGUGGCUACCAUGGCAAAGUUCGGACUCACUCACACCCCAUACGCCGGUCAACUUGCCACCGCCGGGAAUUUCGCGUGGCCUUUCACACCCUGCGAAAUCCCGAUGGGUCCAUGCCCGGAAUUCUGCGUGUACCACAUCUUGCACAAGGUCGACCCUAUUGGCCUCUUUCCGGUGGCUCUCGUGACCGCUGAGGGUGAUAACACCUACGUCCACCAGCCGCGACCUCGGAAGGAGGCCGUUCAGACCAAGACUGACAGCUAUAUCAAGAAGCGAGAGUCGUCGAAGAAGUACUGGCUAACCCCAGAGCCAACCGAGGGCACAUGCUACCUCGGCGAUGUUGCAUCGGUGCUUCGCAGCAAGAAUUCCGGGCCUUACGAGUUGACCUUCGAUGUCAUGUUCGCAAACAAGGAGAUCUAUGACAAGGUGAAGAAGUCCGGAAGAUUGACGCGAGACACGGUGGCCGCACUGUACUCUGUUCCUGAUGGUCAGGUUGCCGCGUCGCUCUUCUUUGACCCAGCAAUGGCGUAUAAGGCAACUAUCGCGAGACCAGCUGUGUCCGGAGGAUUCGGAGAGACCGACACUCAUGGCUCGCAGCAGCACAUUCCUUUGCUGUAUCUGACCAUGCCUUGGGGCAGAGACUGA